GAACAAUGUAAAUAAGAGAGAGAAAGAGUCAGAGAGAGACAGGGGGGAGCUGCCAUGGAAGAAGGCAACGUCUCCACCACCGAGGCCCUGGGCAUGGCCGGCGAGGCCUUGGGUCUCUUCCUCCCCCUCCUCUCGGCGGCCGAGGGGCUGCGGCGGGCGGCGGCUGCGGUGGUGGUGCCGGCGAUGCGGGCGGCUGUAGCGCUGUGCCUGGCCAUGUCGAUGAUGCUGGUGGUGGAGAAGCUGUCGAUGGCCACCGUCGCGCUCUACGUGAAGCUCAGCCGCCGGACGCCAGAGAAGGUGUACAAGUGGGAGCCGGUUCCGGUGCCGGCGGCGGCGGAGGAUGCCGAGGUGGGGUCCCUCGCCUACCCCAUGGUGCUCGUGCAAAUCCCCAUGUUUAACGAGAGAGAGGUUUACCAGAUAUCCAUUGCAGCAGUGUGCUCCCUGUCAUGGCCAUAUGACAGACUCAUAAUCCAAGUCCUUGAUGACUCGACGGACCUGACAAUUAGGGAACUGGUGCAAGAGGAAUGCCAGAAAUGGUGUAAGAGAGGAAGGAGCAUACACUACAUUUCAAGGGAUAACAGAAAUGGCUACAAAGCUGGGGCUCUCAAGGAAGCAAUGGAACUCGACUAUGUGAAGAAGUGUGAUUAUGUUGCGAUCUUUGAUGCUGAUCAUGAGCCGCCAUUUGAUUUCCUCCUCCGAACCAUCCCUUUCCUCAUGCACAAUCCUGGCAUCGCUCUUGUUCAAGCGCGUUGGAAGUUUGUGAAUGCUGAUCAAUGCUUGAUGACAAGGAUUCAAGAGAUGUCAUUGAACUAUCAUUUUAAAGUGGAGCAACAAUCCGGCUCAACGACUAUGGAGUUCUUUGGAUUUAAUGGAACUGCUGGUGUUUGGAGAAUCAUAGCCAUUAAUGAAGCUGAAGGUUGGAAAGAAAGAACCACAGUGGAAGACAUGGACUUGGCGGUCAGGGCAACCCUCCAAGGCUGGAAAUUUGUUUAUGUUGGAGAUCUCAAGGUUAAAAGUGAACUACCAAGCAAUUACAAAGCAUACCGGUAUCAGCAGCAUCGUUGGGCCUGUGGACCUGCAAAUUUAUUCAAGAAAAUGGCAUCAGAUAUAAUAAUGGCCAAGAAGGUGUCUUCCGUGAAGAAAUUCUUUUUGAUCUACAACUUCUUCUUCGCAAGAAGGAUAAUAUCACACAAUGUCACAUUCUUCUUCUACUGCAUCCUCAUCCCAGCUUCUUCCUUUGUACCUCAAGUCGAAAUCCCAAAAUGGGGAGUGUUCUACAUUCCAUUAGCCAUCACCCUCCUUAAUUCAGUUGGAACCCCAAGGUCCCUUCAUCUGAUUUUGGUGUGGAUUUUCUUCGAGAGCGUCAUGUCCUUGCACCGAUGCAAAGCUGUCUUCAUUGGUCUUCUUGAAGCCGGAAGAGUGAAUGAGUGGGUUGUCACCGAGAAACUUGGCAACUCAUUGAAAACCAAACAAAUUCCUGCAGAUGCUAAGAAACUAUCAAACAAGUUUUGGGAAAGGUUUCAUUUCUUGGAGCUGGGAAUGGGAAUCUUCCUGUUGAUAUCUGCAUGUUACAAUUGCGCCUUCCGAACAAAUCUUUACUUCAUAUUCAUUUUCCCUCUGUCAGUAUCAUUCUUAACCAUGGGAGCUGGUUAUGUAGGCACUUGUAUUCCACCAACAUAGUGUCUCGAACUAAACUUCAAAAUUUUGAUUUUGAUUUUUUCACUUUAUAUUACAUUUUAACAUGAAAAAGAACUAGAUCGUACGUAUGAGAAUUUGCAAAAGUGCAGUUCAAACUUCAAAUUCUAUCUGUAGAUAUGGAUUACAAUGCAAAGAUCUGAUGACACCCAAGUAAACUGGCAAACAAAUAGAAUAUCAUACAAAAGAG